CUCACAGCCGAGUGAGUCUAUCAGAUUUUAUUUUUUCAAUUUCUGACCUGGUUUUUAAGUGCUCCUAAAACCCUUGGCUCUCCCUCUCACUCUAAUCGGCGUCGUAGCCUCUGGUCGCUGCUAGUCGGCGAUCGUGAAUUGCAGCUGAACAUUUGGUUUUUGUGUGCGUUGGAGGCAAUGGGCAACGGUCCAGCUCCCUUUUCAGAAAUUGGCAAGCGGGCAAGAGAUCUCUUGACUAAAGAUUACAAUUAUGAUCAGAAAUUCUCCCUCGCCAUCCCAAGUUCUACUGGAAUGGGAUUUACAGCUACUGGAGUAAAGAAGGGUCAAAUCUUUGUGGGUGAUAUAAGCACACAGUACAGAAGUGGGAAAACUGUUGUUGAUGUUAAAGUUGAUACAUACUCUAGUGUUUCUACCAAAGUGACUUAUGAUGUAGUGCCAGGGACAAGAGCAGCAGUUAGCUUUAAUGUUCCUGAUCACAAGUCUGGGAAGCUUGAUGUGCAUUACCUUCAUAAUCAUGCUGCCAUCAAUUCCAGUAUUGGCUUGAAUCCGAGUCCUCUAUUGGAAGUUUCUGCAGCAUUAGGCUCCGAGGAUAUUGCUAUUGGCGGUGAAAUUGGAUUCGAUACCUCCUCAUCAUCUUUUACUAAAUACAAUGCAGGAAUGAGUUUCAACAAGCAAGACUUUUCUGCUGCCGUUUUAUUGGCUGACAAGGGACAAACCGUAAAGGCUUCUUAUGCACACGUGGUUAAUCCUUUGACCGGAACAGAAGUUGCUGCUGAGAUGACCCACAGAUUAUCCAGUUUUAAGAAUAGCUUUAGUUUGGGAAGCGUUCACAAGAUUGAUCAUUUGACGUCGAUGAAGACAAGAUUCUCCGACGAUGGUAAGGUUGCUAUAUCAGGCCAACGGGAAUGGAGGCCUAAGUCACUAGUAACAUUUUCAGCAGAGUACGACACAAAGGCCAUCAACACCGCUCCAAAAUGUGGCCUUUCCAUUGCUCUAAAGCCCUGAUUUUCGACAUUAUGAGGUUUGAUGUUCGACCGAAGAGGCAUUGAGCUUGAGGCCCUUUAAAAUUUUAUUGACCCGGUGUGGGAAACAGUACCUGUUUUUUGGCAAACAUUAGAGUGAUGAAUGAUAAUUUUGAAGGAAUUCGUUUCAGGAAAUUUAAUUGUGUAUGUUGUAUAAUUGGCCAGCAAGGCAAUAAAGCAAAUAUUCUUUCCAGGAUUUUAAUUUCUUGUACUCUUUCCAUUGGUAAAAGUAAAACACUCCCGUUUUUAA